UCAGCUUGUUCUGUUUUGAGCACACCCAGAUAUGCUGUCUACAUAGAUAGCUCGCUAUGAUUUGAGACGGCGCCGCUGUUUAUAGGGUCAUCGUGUGCUGUGAGCUCAUGCAGUUCACUCGGUGAUCUACUCCAUCCACGUCCUGCGCACAGCGAGCCUCUCCUUCAUCAUCAUCAUCGAUAUAGAUGAUCAGACACCCUCCUCUGUCUGUUCGCUCUUGUAAUACUCAGAACUAGAUUUUCAGCUGCCGAUCGUGCUAUGAAGACCCUCUAGUGAACGGGAUUACGAGGACAUCGGAAGGACGUUUUUAGCGUUAUAUUCCAAAUGUUUGGAGUUGGUCUGGUUUCAACGCAGCGCUUCUGAACCGCAUUAACGGAGUUACAAGCUUUAAGACGCCCAGCAGACAAAGCGACAUUUCUGGGCAUGAUGUCCACAUGCCUCUGUGUCCUGGAGCGCAUCCUGUUGUGUAGAGGCUACAUGAUCUGCAAUGGAGUUAUCCAAACAAACAUGUAAACCAGACAACGCGGAGCGUAUUCCUUUCCCGUCGUAUCGGAUGCAAAUAUUAGCAUUUUUAAUGUAAUGCAAUUAAAACCUUGCAGAUUUCAAUAAAACAUGGAGAUAAGAAAAUGGUUCCUUGGUUACAGUUCCACGCUUUUCUUUGACUGGGUUGUGUAAUGCUUCCUCCAUCAGAUCAGAGAUGUUUCUGCAAGAUCCAACUGUCUCCUUAGUUCCUUGAGGACAUUUGAAUUCUGAUUCCCUUGUGUUGCUUUAAAGUUUUGUUUUAUUGCUGGCGGGUAAAUGACAGGCAACAUGCAUCUUGGGGUUGAGGAGCCCAUCCGAGAGUGCCAGUACAAUCAGAUCUGCACACAUAACUCCUCACCCAUGGGCACUCCACACACCAAGAAGAAGAAGAUCAAAAGGAAAUGGCAGGUUUUUCAAGGACGAAAUAAGUUUUACUGCAACGGGCGGAUCAUGAUGGCAAAGCAGACUGGGGUCUUCUAUCUUACCAUGGUUCUCAUUUUGGUGACCAGUGGCCUCUUCUUUGCCUUUGACUGCCCGUUCCUGGCAUCAAACCUGACCCCUGCCAUUCCGGCCAUCGGAGGAGUGCUGUUCAUCUUUGUGAUGGGAAUGCUGCUCCGGGCGAGCUUCAGCGACCCGGGCGUCCUGCCCAGGGCCACACCAGAGGAAGCAGCCGACAUCGAGAGGCAGAUAGAUACAACUAACGGCCCGAGUGGCCCAGGCUACAGACCACCACCCCGAACCAGAGAGGUGCUCAUUAACGGUCAAACAGUCAAGCUAAAAUACUGUUUCACCUGCAAGAUCUUCCGACCGCCGCGGGCCUCACACUGCAGCCUGUGUGACAACUGCGUGGAGAGAUUUGAUCAUCACUGCCCGUGGGUGGGCAACUGCGUGGGGAGGAGGAACUAUCGCUUCUUCUACCUGUUCAUCCUCUCACUCUCCUUCCUCACCAUCUUCAUCUUCGCCUUCGUCAUCACGCACGUAAUACUGAGAUCCAACAGGACUGGCUUUCUUAGUGCUCUCAAAGACAGCCCUGCUAGUGUUCUGGAAGUGGUGGUGUGCUUUUUCUCCGUCUGGUCCAUCGUGGGACUGUCAGGCUUCCAUACCUACCUGAUCAGCUCCAAUCAGACCACCAAUGAAGAUAUCAAAGGUUCAUGGUCAUCCAAACGAGGCAAAGGCAACUACAACCCCUACAGCUACGGAAACUUCAUCACCAACUUCUGCGCUGCACUGUGUGGACCUCUGCCACCGAGCUUGAUUGACAGAAGAGGUUUUGUCCAACCAGACACCCCGCAGCCUGCGGCCCAGACAAACGGCACCGGCGCCUGCCCCUCCAAUCAAGUCCAGAGUCACAUGUGUGCUCAAGACCAGUGCAUUCAGAGCACCAAAUUCGUUUUGCAGGCCGCCACCAACCCACUGCUCCACAGUCAGACAGUCAUUCUGGGCGGAGGCACACCCCUUCAGGCUAAGACCUCUCUGGGUGGCCCGUGCUCCACUCUGGGCCCCUCUCAGCCCUCGCUGCCCUCCUCUAUCCCAGGCCUCAGUUGUGGAGGAGAGCUGAUGGCCCUGCGAGACUCUGAGAUCCACUGUCACCAUCACCUACACCAUCAACAUUUCAUCAGUCCGGAGGAGACGCCCUCCCCACCCGCAGCCCUGCCCUGCGCCACCCACCUGGGUCACCACGUUCACCCAGCGCAGCUCUUUGACCCCGCCAGCCAGGACUCGCUCCAUGAAGACUCUGUGCGGGGUUUGGUGAAGCUGAGUUCAGUGUGAGCUGUUUUAAUGCCGUCCUGCUGAACUGGACCACAAGCCAUACGGUACUUUACACACACAUAACAGCCUCUACUGGACGUUUCUAAUAUGUAAUGGAGGCAGCCGCCCUGAACACUUGCCUGAGUACCAAGUGAGGACCAAAGCUAGUCUUCCAGCUCUAUUAUUACUCAACCAAGCUAUUUAUUUAUGGAAGCUUAUUUCCACCACUGAAUAAAAAUACAAAAAUGGUAACUGCAAC